GAAGCUUUUGAGCUCUUCACUGUUUUACAGCGUUUUUGGUUUUAUUCGGUUUUAGCUCAGACACACACACACACACUCACACACACAACUUUUAUAUAUCUUCAAUCUCUAUAGUUUUAGUGCAGGUUGUUUGAGAGCACCGAGAGGAAGAGGAAGAUUUAUUCUCUCAGUAAGUUCUUCUCUCCCUCUCUCUCUCUCUCUCUCUCUCUGUGCUUUAACCGACUAACGGAGGAGGAGGCGACGGCAGGAUGGAGAGUGUGCGCGUGCUGCUUGCCGCCGUGCUGUCGGUGCUGCUGAGCUGCGCGCGCUUACCGUCGGCGGAGGCCUCGCGCAUGAAGUCCGGGGCGCCGCUGCCCAUCCAGCCCGAGAGAGAGCUGGUACCGUCCAAAGGAGUGUCCGGAUGCUCAUUCGGAGGAAGGUUCUACUCUCUGGAGGACACGUGGCAUCCUGACCUCGGCGAUCCUUUUGGUGUGAUGCACUGCGUCAUGUGUCAUUGUGAAACGCAGAAGAGUCGACGUGGAAAAGUCUUCGGUAAAGUGAGCUGUAAGAACAUAAAGCAGGACUGUCCCGAACCUAACUGUGACGAACCGGUCCUGCUGCCUGGACACUGCUGUAAAACAUGUCCUAAAGGCGAAUCAGACAGGAAGUCCACUGAGACGCUCUUCGACGGUUUUGAGUUUUUCCAGGAGAAAGACGACGACCUGCACAAGUCCUACAACGACAGAUCUUAUCUCAGUUCCGAGCACUUGAGCGGGGGAGACAGCAAGACAGAUUUCGUGGCGCUGUUGACCGGCGUGACCGACUCGUGGUUACCGAGUUCCAGUGGAGUCGCACGAGCUCGCUUCACUCUGACCAGGACCAACCUUGCCUUCUCCAUCACAUAUCAGAGGAUGAACCGGCCGAGUGUCAUUCUGUUUCUCGACUCGGAGGGAAACACAGCGUUUGAGUUCAGAGUCCCACGAGGCGACUCAGACAUGAUCUGUGGUGUCUGGAGGAACCUGCCCAAGUCUCACAUGCGGCAGCUUCAGGACGAGCAUCUGCGCGUGUCCAUGAUGGUGACGGACGGCAGGCGAGACGAGAUUCAGGGCAAAAUCAUCAAACACAGGGCUCUGUUCGCAGAGACGUUCAGUGCCACGCUGACCUCGGAGGAGGAGAACUCUGGGAUGGGAGGAAUCGCCAUGGCAACCCUGAGUGACACAGAGAACAACCUGCACUUCGUCCUGCUCCUGAGGGGCGUCGCCCAGGCUGCAGAGAGCGCGACGGCUCUCGUGCCCGUCCGCGUCAGACUGCAGUAUCGACAGCACACGCUGCGAGAGAUCCAUGCUAACGUCACUGCUAAUGAUGCCGACUUCGCUGAGGUUCUCUCAGACCUGAACAGUCGCGAGCUCUUCUGGCUUUCACGCGGACAGCUGCAGAUCGUCGUGGAAACACAGGGUCGUGACCCCAUGCACAUCUCGGGCUACAUCACCGGCAAGAGAUCAUGUGACACACUACAGAGUGUGAUGUCCAGUGGUGACGCUUUGACCCCUGGAAAAACGGGCGGAGUCGGGUCAGCUGUCUUUCAACUCCAUGACAACGGCACGCUUGACUACCAGGUCCAGGUGGAGGGCGUGUCCAGCGCUGUGGUGGGCGUGACCAUCGAGAUGAAGCCGCGGAGACGGAGCAAGCGCAGCGUGUUGUACGAUGUGACGGGCGAGUUUGUGGCGAGCGGGCGUGGCGGGCGGGCCGUCGGGGCGUACGGACGCAUGGAGGCGCGGCACAUUCACAUGCUCCUGCAGAACGAACUGUUCAUCAACAUCGGGACGACGGAGAACCCUGAGGGAGAACUGCGGGGACAGAUCCGCACGCUGCUGUACAACGGCCUGGAGUCGCACCGGCAUGAGCUGCCGUUUCCUCUGGCUGGAGAGUUCGUGUCUCCGCCUGUGAGGACAGGUGCAGGUGGACACGCCUGGGUGACGGUGGAUAAACACUGCCACCUGCACUAUGAGAUCGUAGUGAACGGGUUGGGGAAAGGCGACGAGGCCACGAUGAACGCUCACCUGCACGGCCUGGCCGAGAUCGGAGAGAUGGACGAGUCAGCGCACGCCGGCCCCAAACGCCUCCUCACCGGAUUCUACGGAGAACAGGCUCAGGGGGUUUUAAAGGAUCUAAGUGUUGAAUUGUUGCAGCAUUUAGACAAAGGCACUGCGUUCAUCCAAGUCAGCACCAAGCUCAAUCCUCGGGGGGAGAUUCGAGGCCGAAUCCACGUCCCGAACAGCUGUGAGCACGGCUCCCGGGCCGAGGCCGUGGUGGACGAGGCGGAGUUUGACGACGUUGUGUUCGUCCGCGACCCCGAAGCGUUUAAGAAAGACCCGCUGGCGUGUUUCUUCGAGGGCGAACGUCACGCUCACGGCUCCCGCUGGACGCCGCAUUACAACUUCUGCUUCACCUGCACGUGCCAGAAGAAGACGGUGAUCUGUGACCCGGUCAUGUGUCCCGCCCUGACGUGUCCUCACACCUACCAGCCCGAGGACAAGUGCUGCCCCGAGUGUGACGAGAGAAAAGUACCGAAGGAGAUCACAUCUGUGGAGAAAGUCGAGGAGAAUCCAGAAGGUUGUUAUUUCGAAGGCGAUCAGAAGAUGCACGCCCCUGGCACCGUGUGGCACCCGUUCGUGCCGCCCUUCGGCUACAUCAAGUGCGCCGUGUGCACCUGCAAGGGCUCUACAGGAGAAGUGCACUGCGAGAAAGUCACCUGCCCGCCGCUCACCUGCAGCCGACCGAUCAGACGCAACCCCUCGGACUGCUGUAAGGAGUGUCCGGCUGAGGACACGCCCCUGCUGGAGGAGGGUGAGAUGAUGCAGGGGGACGGGCCGCGACACUGCAAGUUCGGGAAAAACUACUACCAGAACAGCGAGAACUGGCACCCUCGCGUGCCGCUGGUCGGGGAGAUGAAGUGCAUCACGUGCUGGUGUGACCACGGAGUCACAAAGUGUCAGAGGAAACAGUGUCCACUACUGAGCUGCAGCAACAUUACACGGAGAGAGGGAAAGUGCUGCCCUGAGUGUGCAGAUGAUUUCACCAAAGAAGAAGAAAUGAUGAAGAUGGAAGAGAAAAAGAAGAGCUGGAGGCACUGAGAUCCUGCACAUUCUGUCCUCAUCCCCAUCCGUCCAUCUGUCCGUCCUCCCAUCCGUCCGUCCGUCUGUCUGUCCAUCCCGCUCUGGAGCGGGCCGCUGGCGAACUGUUCGAGAAGUGACAGAAACAUAAGCGGAGAAAGAGAGAAAGGAAAAACAUGGAAAUAAACAAGCAAGUGAGGCAGAAAAAAGAGCCUUUGAGGAAAACAAAUGUUGAAAGACAUGGAACAAAAGGAAAGAAGGAGAAACAGGACCAAGCCGCUGCGCUGGAGAAAAUUCCUUCGUGACUGACUUUUAAAAAAAUGAAUGCUUUUUUUUUUUUUUUUUGCUUUCGUUUUGUACUUUUUCUUUUUGGACUUUUGGAGCAAACUUCAGUCAAACAGACACACAUGCUUUACAUUUUCUUGACGAUGGGUGGUACGAUGGUGUGUGUGCAUGUGUGUGUGUGUGUGUGUGUGUGUGUGUGUGUGUGUGUGUGUGUGAGAGCAUGCUUGUGUGUUAAAUUGGCGAGGUGCAGGCAGCCAUAAACUCAUUGGGUGGCAAUGAGUGAAUGUAAAAAACACACAUGCGGCCACACACACACACACACACACACAUUCCAAUACACACCACAAUUAACAAGUACAGCAUCACUUUGUGUUUCUCCAGUGCUUCUCAUCUUUAUCCUAUUUGACUUUGCAAAUCUCAGUCCCAUCUCAGCCAAUAAGCCGUGCCAUCUCGUUCUGUAACGCAGCCCCUGAUUGGAGGUUUUGCUCCUCGAGUGAAAAGGAUUGACUAAUUAAUGGGCGGAGCUCCGACUUUGCCUCCGCCUGUUCGUGUUGCACCUGAUGUCAUUACAUGUCUGUUUUGUUUUUUAACCCUUUUGUGUAAUAUUUUAUAAUUAUUUGCUGUCUGAUUAUUAUGAUGAAUAUUGUAUUUCGUAUUUAUUA